AUGGUUGCUGCAGCAAAAGUCGUGGCUCCUCCUGCUGUCCGGCCCUGGCAAACGUCGAGGACUUUGGAAAGUCAUCGAGAGAUUAGGGCGUGCCACUUGGACCAGCAUCAGUCAAGCCGAGCGCGGUCGUUUCGCCGUCUGGCUGGUCUGUUGAGCACAGUCCUUGUUGCACCCAGCAGGGCAAGGGCGGCAAGGGCAACGCAGCCCAGGGAAAAGGCGAACAAGAUUGCUCUCAUAACGGGAGCAUCAACUGGAAUUGGCAAAGCCACGGCACAGGAGCUGUGCCGCAGCAACAUGUAUUCGAGAAUUAUUCUGGCAGGGCACAAUGAAGCAAAAACCAAAGCGGCCAUGGACGAGAUGGGCCCUGUGGCACAAACGACAGAGCUGGAGUAUCUGCCUUUGGGGCUGGCUUCCUUUAAGUCGGUGCGGCAAGCUGCCAAGCAGUUCCAGGACAUGAACUUGCCUCUGCAUACCCUUAUCUGCAAUGCGGCUGUCAUGGCGCUGCCGCAAAGGCAGGUCUCCGCUGACGGCAAUGAGCUUCAGCUGGAGGUGAACUACCUGAGCCAUUUUUUGCUUGUCAACCUGUUGAUGCCGCAGCUUGUGAAAGCUGGGACCGAUGAUGAUCCGGCGAGGAUCAUCAGUGUGUCUUCAUCGGCACACUUUGUCCGGAGUCCGCUGGCAUUUGGUGAUGCAGCGGACCUGAAUCUAUCAGGGGGAGAAGGGGAUCGAUACGCGUACUAUCCUUGGACUGCAUACGGACAGUCAAAGCUCGCGCAGGUCAUGUUCACCUACGAGCUGGCAAGGAGAUUGAAAGCUCGAGGCUUGCCAGUUGUGGCCAAUGCGCUGGACCCUGGGAUUGUGGAUACGGAGCUGCAGCGAUAUCUUCCAACAAAGGCACCUUCUGCCCUCAUGAAGUUGUCAAAGACACCAGACCGUGGAGCGGACACCGUGGUCCUCCUCGCCACGAGGGAUGCUGGACGCGGUUCAGGUGGAUACUGGGUUGAUGAGCGGCUUUCAGAGAGCUUGGGUCGUGGGAAAUCCCCCAUGCCCAUGAAUGCCGAGCUGGCCGUGGAAGGGACGACCUCAUACAAUGAAAGCACCUGGACGGAGCUGUGGCGCUGCAGUUCCCAAUUGGUUGGGCUCGAAACAACGAUUUAG